CGGCUCCUGUCUUCUGAAUCAAGAGUGCAAUUUGACACCUCGGCAAGGGAGUGGCUCUCCCCUCUCUCCGGCUCUUAUAAACUUCAGCCCUCAGGCUCCGGCUAGCAGCACCCUAUCUUCUUGCCCUGGUCUGCCUGUGAGGCUAUUGGCUUCCACCUCAGGGUGCUAAUGGCGGCCGAACCGUUGACUGAGCUGGAGACAGCUAUUGAGACAGUGGUCACCACCUUCUUCACCUUUGCAGGGCAGGAAGGCCGGAAGGGCAGCCUCAGCAUCAAUGAGUUUAAGGACCUGGCCACCCAACAACUACCUCAUCUGCUUAAGGAUGUGGGUUCCCUAGAUGACAAAAUGAAGAGCUUGGAUGUGAAUCAAGACUCGGAGCUCAAGUUCAAUGAGUAUUGGAGACUGAUUGGGGAGCUGGCCAAAGAAAUCAGGAAGGAGAAGGCCUUGGAGAUCCGGAAGAAGUAAAGCUUGCUGGCUUGGAUGGGGGUGGAUAGAGCAGGGCUGGGUAGGGUCAGGCAGCACCCCUCUUCCCGCAAAUAAAAUGUUCUCCUUGAAA